GCUCAUGUCCUGUAGUCUUUUUUUCUCUGCUCCCUCAGUCUUUAAAGCUGUGUUGCCUCAGCAGAUUUCACCUCUCGGCCAAACCCUCCGGACGCACUGCUGGUGGAGAGUAGAAGACGCUCAUCUGUUCGCUUUGGAGAGGUCCCAGGAGCUACCACACUGCCACCAUGACUGAGCGCUUUGACUGCUACUACUGCCGUGACAACCUGCAUGGGAAGAAGUAUGUAAAGAAGGAUGACAAGCACGUGUGCACCAAGUGCUUCGAUAAGCUCUGUGCCAACACCUGCGCAGAGUGCAAACGCCCCAUUGGUGCCGACGCCAAGGAGCUGCACCACAAGAACCGAUACUGGCAUGAGGACUGUUUCCGCUGCGCCAAGUGCUACAAGCCACUGGCCAGUGAGCCGUUCAACGCACGGGAUGACGGGAAGAUAAUGUGUGGCAAGUGUGGCUCCAGAGAGGAUGGCAACCGCUGCCAGGGCUGCUACAAGGUGGUCAUGCCAGGCUCCAAGAAUGUUGAGUACAAGAACAAGGUGUGGCACGAGGAAUGCUUCACCUGCUUUGAGUGCAAGCAGCCGAUCCGCACUCAGAGCUUCCUGACCAAAGGUGAUGAUAUCUACUGUGCUCCCUGCCAUGACAAGAAGUUUGCCAAGAAGUGUUUCAAGUGCAAGCAGCCCAUCACCUCUGGAGGGCUCAGCUACCAGGACCAGCCGUGGCACUCUGAGUGCUUCAUCUGCAACACCUGCAGUAAACAACUGGCUGGAGCUCGCUUUACCUCCCAUGAGGACAAUGUUUACUGUGUGGACUGCUUCAAGACCGAUGUGGCCAAGAAGUGCCAUGGCUGCAAGAACCCUAUCACAGGGUUCGGCCAUGGCACCAAUGUGGUGAACUACGAAGGAUACUCCUGGCAUGAGUACUGUUUCAACUGCAAGAGGUGCAGCCUCUCACUGGCCAACAAGCGCUUUGUCAUCAACGCUGAUCACAUCUACUGCCCCGACUGUGCCAAGAAGCUGUGAAUUGCACCAGCAGCUCUCUUUACGAGGGGAAUUACACCAAAGCUGAUGUUUCGACUGUUAAAGAACAUACCCUUUGCUGUGUGGAUUUUAUGAAUUAGCUUUCAAAAUGUCAAAACAGUCAAGUUUUGGUGACUUUUCUUUUUGAGGAUAAUCAAGAGGUUAUAUCUGAAAACAUGCACUAGCUUGGAUCAUUUAUCUACAAAUACGUUAUUGCAUUUUUUUCAAUGUUAGGGUAGGAUACUAACAUGGCAAAAUAACUGCUUUUGUUAAAUUGUGAUUAGUCUAAUCCAGGAUUCUGUGCAGCCUUAUGAGACAGAGGCAUUUCAGUGCCUUACUGGAAUCUGUUAGAGAGAAUAUUCUGCUUCUUAUGAGCUACUGCUCAUUCAUACCAGCUUUCAUUACUGAUCUAUUAUGUCUGAAUGUUUGAAGGGAUUACAAGACUGUUCAGAGUGGAUUACGGUUUGGGGCUUUGAGAUGGAAGUUUCAAUGUAACUGCUUGUGUAUUCAACGCAGAGUGAACCUGAAUGUAAAACAAGAAUAAAGAGGAAGUGAUUUGAA